AUGGCCGCAGGCUCUCGCGAUACGGCCAAGAAUCGCUCCGAAAAUGGGGAUGCGACAAAUGACGGUCGAAUCGAACGUACCAACACGGUUCCGAGUUCGCCUUCGUACUUCACCAGAGAGCCUCGCUUCAACGACCUCUACAUUCGUCUCACCCAGUUAUUAAACAAAUAUCACCGCCUUCCAACUCUGCCCGCCAACGAGGCACCUACGCUCCCAUGGAUGAAAGUAGACCAAAUUAGACAGCAAUUGGGCGAGCCCGUCAAGUCCUCUCACUUUGCAAAAAUGAUCCGGGUCGGAAAGCGCUUAAAUUUGAUCGACCCGAGCCUGCGCCCCAAUGAAGUCGACAUUGUCCUCCGCCAACUUACCCGAAAUAUUGAUCCAUAUGUAAACAAUAUGCGACCCAUCACAAUCGACAAGUUUGGCCGUGCUAUUGGUGUUGGCAAGCGAAAGGAGUCGACGGCUCGAGCAUUCGUUGUGGAAGGCACAGGCGAGGUUCUGGUCAACGGCAAGCCUCUCAAUGAGAUCUUUGGGCGUGUGCAUGAUCGGGAGAGUGCGCUGUGGGCACUGACAGCGACCCAGAGGAUGGACAAAUACAACGUUUGGGCUCUUGUAAGGGGAGGUGGAACCACUGGGCAGGCUGAAGCACUCACUCUGGCCGUUGCAAAGGCUCUGCUAGUCCACGAGCCCGCUUUGAAGCCGGCUCUGCGCAAAGCCGGCUGCGUCACAAGGGACCCCAGAGCCGUGGAAAGGAAGAAGCAUGGCCGUGUAAAGGCUCGCAAGAGUCCUGCAUGGGUCAAGCGAUAA